UUCAGCCUAGAAAUUAGGGUUCUUUAUUUUUUUUUUUUCAUACAAAGAACUUUUUAUAAAUGGACGAAAGCAUUUUGUGAUGCGCGGUUAUAUUGUGUUUUUAUUGGUUUGUUUCUUUGUGUUUUUACCAGAAUCUACAGAGGCGAUUCGCUGGUUAGCCUUAUACGAAAAAGAAGGUAAUUGGACAGAGAGUGACUGUAGCGAGGCGCGUCGUAGCGGUGCGUUAUGGGGUGGGCAGACUCGCGUGUGUCGCCGCCAGAUUUCGGCGAUGCCGCACGUAGCGGCUGCGGCGAGGCUGGCUCGUGCGGCCUGCCUCAAUGCACACGCUGGCGACAGGUGGAACUGCUCCUCCAUUGAGUUUGCACCAAAGUUCACGCCCGAUUUGCUGACAGGCACUCGAGAGCAAGCUUAUGUGUACGCGAUAUCUGCGGCGGCGCUGGCGUGGUCCGUAGCGAGGGCGUGCGCGGCGGGCGCGCUGCCGGCGUGCUCGUGUGCCGCGCCGCCCCGAGCGCCGCCGCGCCCGCCCAGGCAGGCUCAGAUCACGCCGGCUGAGCCUCAUACCAGGUUCAAGUGGGGAGGGUGCGGUGACAAUUUCCAAUGGGCUCAGAGAUUUGCUAAACAAUUCUUAGACGCACAUGAAUUAGAUGUCCGAGAUGGAAGAAUAGAGGAUUUUUUUGAAGAGGAGAUAACAACUACAGAUCUAGUUACAACCGUUACUAUGGAACCAACAACGGUGCCGCCAGUAGUUAUUUUGGUGGACGAUCAACCAGCGCCCACGAACACUAGCGCACCUCCAAAGACUGGGAAGAAAGGACGGCGUGGCCGCAAGCGGCUGCCGAGGUCGCCCCGACGCGGCAGACCUACAAGGAAACGUUUCAGAUCACGAUACGAGUAUGAGAACAGAGGUUCACGAUACCGCAACAUAGAAUACCGCAUGGCUGCCGACGACCCACGUUUUGAUCCUCAAGUGGACCUCCGCACACGUCUCGAGCGGCUACGACCAUUGAUAGCUUCCGCCAAUCUUCUCAACUACCGAUUCGGGCGAAACGUGGUGUCUGGCGGUAUGCGGACCAAGUGUACGUGCCACGGCGUGUCGGGUUCGUGUUCGGUGCGUACGUGCUGGCGCGCUUUGACGCCGCUCUCACGAGCGGCGGCCGCGCUCGCAACCGAAGCGUCACGCGCGGGCCCGCUACGUCCGCGUCGCCGUGCCGCCCGUCGCGCGCGUCCUCGCCUGCGCUACGUCACGCCCAGCCCCGACUACUGCGAGCCCGAUCCCGCAGCUGGCUCGCUCGGAACCCACGGCAGGAAAUGUAACGCAUCGGUGGGCAGCGGGCGCGGCGGGUGCGGUCGUCUGUGCUGCGGGCGCGGGCGGCGCGCGGUGCGCUCGAGCCGCCUCGAACGAUGCCACUGUCGGUACCACUGGUGCUGCCGCGUCGACUGCCAGCUGUGUCGCCUCACUACAGAGGAACACUACUGCAACUGAACACGCACCGCAUGACCGUCGCUCGACUAUUCAUUACGUAGCUCUUUAUAGCUUCUUUUGUAUGUUUAGAUUGAAAUGAAAAGUAGCAACGUCUUAAGAAAAAUAUUGACUCAUUUGACGGUUUUCACUAAUUUCUGAAUAAGUUUAAGUACGAAAAAGCAACUGCUGCAUCUAAUAUUUAUUGUCUAUGGUUUUGUUACUUGUUUGGCGCCAAAUAAAAGCCAAAGAAUGUUUCCUGCCUAUUUAAAACAUACCAAUAUUUCAUACAUUUUAACAUCAAAUUAAUUAAUACCUUAAUAACUACUAGUCAUUCAUAAUUGAUAAAGUAUUUCGAUGUAAAAAUCAUUUAUUGUUUAAAAUAUUAGUAGCUAGUAUACCUACGCAUAGUAAUACUGGUAUAUAAGUAGAUUAGAAAGUAAGGUUGCCAUUCAAUUAUGAACAUCCGGUCAGAAAACAUCACAGUACUUAGAAUACUGUUAUACCUAUUUAUUUGUAGACUUGUAUUGAAACAUAUCGAAAUAUUAAUAUAAUAAUAAGUUUAUAAUGUAUAGAGUAUCUUGACAAUAAUGUGUUGUAAUAGAAAUAGGCGUCAUCUUUAUUUGACGCUAUGCAUAGCUUUGCACAAACUAUUUUAGUAAUAGUCGAUGUUUUAGUAUUUUGUAUAUAGCUUUAAAAAAUAUAGUGGAAGAAUAUUAUUAUUAAUAUUAUAAAAUAGACUGCAUCUUACACUACAGUGUCCGAUAAUUGGAAUAUAUGAUAACUGUUUUUUCGAUAUUUCUAGGACAGUGUCUUUAUAGUAGGUACUAAUUACAACUAAUGAGCUACUACAUCUAGUUGAUUCGCAGAAAAUCAAUUCCUAUAAUGGCAAAUUUCGUUACUCCUUGGUUUCUUGCUCUGCUCAAUAUCAAUCUAUAGUUGGUUUUGUAUGAGUUAUUGAAGACCUAUUAAAUUAUCAUUUAGAUGAUUAUUAAAUAACAGAAACUUAUACUUGCAUAAUAUAUGCAUCUUACUAAUACUAUAAACGUAAAACUUUGUGAGUAUGGAUGGACGAAUGUUUCUUACACUUUCACGCAAAAACUACUGAAUGGAUUUUAAUGAAACUUUACAAUAAUAUAUAAUAGCUUUAUAGAUCAGAAUAUAAAUUUUACGUGGGUGAAACGAGGGUGUAAGUAAUGUAGAUAAAUCUAAAAAAACCAAUAUAGAAAUAAUAAAUAAAUGCAAUAGACUGUUUUAGAUCGUAUUUAUUUAUGAUGUUCACAAAUUUGACUAUUUUUAAUGUCUUAAGAAUUACCCAAUAAUGUGAGACAUUUAAAAACUUGAGCACAAUUAGUUAUUUUAAAAUCAGCGAUUUAGAGAAUUAGUUCUAUGGGAGAUGGCAACAAAAGUUGUAAUUUUGGGAAUUAGGCAUGGAAUUUACCUUUUUAGCAGCCAAGUAGCCUGGCAUCAUGGUCGGUUUUAAUAUACUUAACAUUAUAUGUAGUUUAACGUAAGUGUUUUCUCACAGUUAUAAAUUAUCUUGUUUUUGUAGAAAAUAACUUUCGACAUACUAUGGUAGAUAGUUUUUCCGAAAUGUAGUUUGUAAACAGGAAUUGUAAAUAAACUUACUGGUACUUAGAAAAUAUUCAAACUUUUUAUUUUCCUUGUGUAAUCCAACCCAUCCUAAAUCGUUGACAAUGUGUAGAUAAUACGACCAGGUAAUAAGAACUUUACACUUAUAAUAAUGCAAAUUGGCAACAUAUGAAUGCUGGUCACUUUAUUUAGGUAGUACUUUCCAAUAAUAACAACAACUUUAUUUGACAUAUUUUUAUUUACAGGAUAUUUUGGUAUUGGAUUUAUGAACAUCGUAGUACAAAAUUCAUAUGUGGAUAAUUAUAUAGUGGAAAUAAAAAAAACGUAGUAAACCCACACUGCAAGGCGAAUAAUUUUCAUUAACUAAUAUUGAGAUCGCAUAAGAGCGUUCAUUGCUAACAUCUCGCAAUCAGCGUCAUCUGCCAAAUGUCAAAUACAAUUUUCAAUAUUUUCGGACAAUUACUAAGUGCACUUGCAGCAAACCAAAACAUCAAUCUUAAAACACGUUGUAAUAUAAAUCAAUCAAUAUCGCUUCAUUUUUUAUUUAGAAAUUUCCAAGUACUCUUAACAUCAAUGUAAAUUUUGGUGAGUGUGAGACUGAUAUAUAUAUAUAUAUAAUAUAAUACGAGUCUUAUAGUCUGAUUGAACGCUCUUAGUUUAUACGUAAUUCAUACAAAAUUUCACAAGUAUUGGUAAUCAUUAGCGGGGAAAAAAAUAUAAAAUAAAUCUCUAGUCGACCAUAAAAAAAAAUAACUUAUUAUCUAAAAUCACAUCACUUUUUCUUAACAUUACUGAUGCUUUGGAAUAACACUGGAAAAAAUAAUGAACAAAGUUUAACAAACAUAUAUUUUACAUUUACUACGUUUUAAUACGUAAUAUUUUAGUGAAUUCACAGAAUAAUAUUUUUUGUAUAAGACAAAAGGCCGCAUUGAUUAAUACGUUUACAGUUCGCCUUUUAAGAGUGCACAACGGUAUGAAAUUAAAAUAAUAGGCACACUUAACACAAAAUAACAACCAUCGGGGUUUGGAAACUUAUUCAUUGCAGUAUGCAGAAGUAUUAUUUGCAAUAAAAGUAAUCUUAUUAUUAUUGUUCACUAGACAGGUUUCCAUUUUACCACAGUACCACGUUACCAUGUUUUUUAAAUCCACUUGAGUUUUGAGGAAAAUUAUUUUUAUCAAUUCUACUCAUAAACUUUCCUAUUAGUAGAAGGUAAUUAUUGGGAAGGAAAAUUUUACGAAAUCAAUCGCUCUUCUUCUAAACUCUGACUUAUACUAAACAACAUAGCGGGGGUAUGGACACAUUUAUUCAGUUUAAAUCCACUUUAGAAAUAUCGUUGUUACUAAGAAUCGAGCCCUGGGCCCUAUUUACGGAAUGCAUCAAACGUUAUUUAAUUAUUUAUAUUAUUAUAACAUAAACCCCUGUAUUUUUUUUCUAAUGCCACUGGUGAACUAUUGAAAUAUAUAUUUUUUUUCUUGAGUAGAAAGUACCAUUUGUUAAGAAAAAUUUUAAGAAAUAAGUACUUUUUUACUCUGUAAAUAUAAGUAAAAAAAACUGUUAUAAAUCGGUUUACCCGGUUCAUAAUAAAAUACAAAUUCAUACAUAUAUACACAUUAGGCAGUAAUCUGUACCCAUAUUUCAAUUUAAUGAACAAUAUAUAUUAUAUCCAAUCCAGUCAUUACAUUUAAAAUUAUUAUUAUAUUUUACGAACACUGCUAAUAUGUCAAAACGUAUCCUAGAAAACAAUUUUACUAACAACAUGAAA